CUGGCCUGUAGAUACAUCUCCUCACUAACCGGAGAUGCAAAAUAAGAUCAAAAGAUGUUAGACAAGGCAUUUCAGAAAUUUAGCCUGACUGAUCCGAGCCAUCGCGAUCUAAACGUAAACAAAUGAUUUUUGUGGUUCUUUCCGUGUAAAUACCAGAGCCGCAUCCAGCUCCGCACCAAGAAGAUCUUUUGUGUAAAAUGCAAAUUUAAGGAUCCUGCACGUGACGCCAAUGUCCGUGAAAAUCUGGAUCUUGAAAUUUAAAGAAAUUGAUCUGAUAGUCUAGUGCAUGUCGAAGGUACCUUAGGGUUCAAUUUGAUUUUACGCACCGUACACAACCAACAGGGACCCUUGAAGGUAAUCAAGGUAUUUAGAUUCGUCUACAUCACACAUAGGACCAAAUCACUCAAAAUGGCCGAACGAUUCUUGAUCGGAGAGACCACCGCCCCGAAGGGCGUCGCGGUCCCGGAGAACCUGACCAAGAAGGUUGAGCGCAACGCCGCCCUGCUGAAGCAGAAGACUGCUGCCUUGGCUGAAAUGAAGAAGGCCAACAAGGUCAAGCGCCACGACAUGAAGAUGCGCGCUUCCAAGUACGAAAAACAGUACCGCACGGACAAGGCCCAGCUGAUCGCCCAGCGUCGUCUGGCCAAGGCCACUGGUACAUUUCUGUCUGAGAGGAGAUCAACUUAGACAUCAUUUUGAAAUUUCGGGUUGUAAAACACAACUAGUAUCUCUGCUGCUUUUCGGACGCCCGAAAAAUGCGAUGAGACAUGAAUUUAAAAUCAAAAAAACAGGUAACUUCUUCGUCGAGCCGGAGCCGAAAAUGAUGAUGAUUAUCCGUAUUACCGGUAUCAACAAGAUGGCCCCGAAGCCCCGUAAGAUCUUCAAGCUUCUGCGUCUGGACCAGCUGCACAAGGUGAGUCACUACUUUUUUGCUUUUUUAGAAUGUCGAUUUUUAGUUGUGUUGUCGUUUGGGACUGUAAUACACUCAGCGAAAAUAGGCAAACUCAGAGAGCUGCGAGUGAGAAGCAUGACUGUCUGGUGCGUAUCGGUCGGACCAGUAUUGUGUACAAGUGAAUACGAUUACGAAGUGGAUAGAAAAAAAAACCGAGCGAAUUAUGUCCUCUGCAUACCAACCGCAAUCCUCUGACUCAACCUAACUACAGGCCGUCUUCGUGAAGUGCACGAAGCCGAUGAUGAACAUGCUGAAGUGCAUCAUGCCGUACGUGAUCUGCGGUUACCCGAACUUGAAGACCGUGAAGGAGCUGGUCCUCAAGAAGGGGUUCGCCCGCGUCAACAAGGAACGCAUCCCGUUGCAGGACAACGAAGUGAUCUCCACCGCGCUCGGCAAGUACGGCAUCCACGGUGUCGAUGACCUGAUCCACGAGAUCUUCACGGUUGGCCCGAACUUCAAGCAGGCUAACUCCUUCCUGUGGGCUUUCAAGCUGUCCUCCCCGAACGGUGGCUUCGUCCUGAAGAAGCACGGCUUCCAGGAGCCGAAGGGCGGAGACUGGGGCAACCGUGAGGAGAUGAUCAACGAGUUGGUCCGCCGCAUGAUGUAAGACAAGAAGCUCGAAGUUGCGACUUUAAAGUUCGUCUUUGGUCGAACUGUAACACGUGUUUGCCAGCUACAGUGGGUUGUGUUGUACACGGGAUAAAAACUACAUCAAUUCAGAGUAUUUACAACGAAACCACACAAGAGCCGGACAGAGAGUGAACCAUGAUGUGUGAAUCGAAGUGAUGAAUCUAAAUCUUGAAAUGAAAGCUACGAGCUCGCGCUCCACGUUUUGCCUGAGGUACUGGAUGCCUCAGGCGUACUUGGUGUUUCUGCACGGCCAUGAUGUCGCGCGCUGUCGUGUUCUAUUUUCAUUCGUGUUAUCGACGAGCGACAGCGAGACGUGUUGGAGAGUGAAAGGCAAAUAUGCAUUUCUCCCCUCAGUAUGGAGAGAGACUGACUCGAGUUUCAACUCGUUCCACGCUUCUAUGUGUUGUUCUUGAGAGGGUUUGUUUAUGGUGGGAGGGACGAUGCACGAGGAGCCGGGUCGUCAUCACCGUCUUUUCCCUGCUGCACGAGUAUAUCAACAUCCCUGAUGCUAGAGCCUAGAGGCGACAGGAGCUCGCGUGUGUGCUCCUAGCACACUGGUAAUAUUUCAAUGUAUCCGUCGUCAAUUCUGUGGUCGACAUGUUACUGCUCUUCCUCAUACUGCACUG